AUGCCUCGGAAAAUUGAGGAAAUCAAGGACUUCCUGCUCACGGCCCGGCGGAAGGAUGCCAAAUCUGUUAAGAUCAAGAAGAACAAGAAGCCGGGCGGAAAAAAGAAGAACAAGGAUAAUGUGAAGUUCAAGGUUUGCUGCAGCUGGUACCUUUACACCUUGGUCAUCACAGAAAAGGAGAAAGCCGAAAAGUUGAAACAGUCCCUGCCCCCUGGCUUGGCAGUAAAGGAGCUGAAAUGA